UUCCCUGACCCACCCAUCCCCCCAAUCUCUGCAACUAUAAGUACGCUUCGAACGUAACGCCCAACACCGCCAUCGCCAUCUACAAUCUAACAAACAUCAAACAACCCGAUCAAUCUUUCUCUCUCUGUCUCCCAACCAAAACACUCAUGGGUUUGAAGGAGGACUUUGAGCUGUAUGCUACCAAAGCAAAAACAUUGCCAGCAAAUCAAACAAAUGAAAACUUGCUUAUCAUUUAUGGAUUGUACAAGCAGGCCACUGUUGGACCUGUUAACACUGCCCGUCCUGGAAUGUUCAACAUGAAGGACAGAGCUAAAUGGGAUGCAUGGAAGGCUGUUGAAGGGAAAUCCAAGGACGAAGCAAUGAAUGAUUACAUCACUAAGGUGAAACAGCUGCUGGAAGAAGCUGGCUUGCCUGCUUGACAACAUUGUCAUGUCUUGCAUUAUGAUUCUGUGCUACAACUUCCCAACUGUUUGGAAAUAAACAACUGCAGUGUUUGAAGCUUUUAUGGUUGUUAUAAUCUUUUUAUUCCUAAUGAUUUGGACAUGUUGCUUUGAGUUCAUAUCUGUAUCACCUAUUCACUGAUUGAAAAUGCUCUCAGGCAAAUGGAAUGGACCUCAAUUUAAUAUGAUUAGAAGUUAAAACUA